AUGGCUUCAGAGGAUAUGGACAAGGAUCGCGGGCGAUCUGCGACCAUAGGCAUGAUCAUUGUGACAAUAAUAUCCACCAUAGUCGUCCUGGUUCGUCUAUACGCCCGUGGGAUUCUAAUCCGGGAACUGGGCUGGGAUGACUAUCUUAUUGUGAUCGGACAGCUACUCGCCUGGAUUGACAUGGCACUAUCCAUCAUGGUUGUUCAUUACGGGGCUGGCGAGCAUCUGGCGGACCUAAUCACUGAUCCAGCGAAGAUGGUCAAAAUGUACAAGUGGCUCGUCGCUGCCCAGAUGGUAUACUUUUGCGCCCUCUGGAUCUGUCGAGUCUCUGGUUUGGCGUUCUAUGCACGUCUGAACCCCAUGCCUCAGUUCAAAGUGUACAUGCGACUGGCAUUUGCCUUUGUGACUGCUGUAUGGGUAGCGCAGACGCUCAUUAUUGCGCUGCAAUGCAUUCCACUCCAGGCAUUGUGGGAUUCGAGCAUCUCUGGGAAAUGUCUGACCUCGACACAAGUCUUCCUCUCGACCUCGAUCAUGACCAUUAUCUGUGAUUCGCUCAUCUUAGUAUUACCGGUGAACAUUGUGCUGAAGUUGCAAGUCAAUUUUGCUAGAAAAGCAACUCUGCUCUUUGUUUUCUGCUUUGGUGUCUUUACCUCCGUCCUCCGCAUGGUUUCGAUGAUCGUCGCCCUGGACCACCCAACCGACGUUACCUGGUACUUCUCCGUAGUCAUGGCCUGGAGUACCUCUGAAACUUCAGCGAUGAUCGUCGCACUCUCAUUGCCGGCAUUAAGGGGCUUGUUUGGCGUCCUGCGAAUGAAAACCCGCCCUACCGACCAGAGCAAAUCAAACGGCACGGGCUCGAUUGGCCUUGCACCCGUCCCACAACCCCAAAAGCGAGUCUUCGAUGGCUCGAUCCAUCACAACACCGUUGAUAUCGAUACGCAAAGAGGUUCAAGUCAAGAGGCCCUUUGUUGGGAUAUGAAAGACGCCAAUAAUAUCCGAGUCAUGGAUACAGUUCAUGUGGAUAUUGACAACAACUCGGACCGCCAUACACAAAAUUGA